AUGGCAUUGUUUGGUGUCAGGUUCCCGCCCGGCGUCAUCAACAUAUUGUCCGGCUACGGGCCCACCACAGGCGACAUGAUUGUGCGACACGAAAUGAUCGACAAGGUCAGUCGGUGGCACACAAGUGGGGCAGGAUGUCUCUGUCUGUGGGAUGGACGCUUUCUCUCUGUCUGUCUGUGUCCGUGCAGGUUGCCUUUACGGGCAGCGGUGUGACGGCCGAGAAGAUCCUCGUGGCGGCGGCUCAGAGCGGAAUGAAAAAAGUCAACACAGGUGGGUACUCCACGUGCACACACGCACAUAUAGAGAGAGACGGGUGGCAGACGGUGAAACAUCCGAUGGUCUCGAUUGUGUGUGUGUGUAGAGUUGGGCGGCAAGAGUCCCCUGAUCGUGUGCAAGGACGCCGACCUCGACCAGGUACCGCGUACGCAUGCUACACGACACACCGUCCAAACAUAUGGGAUUCUUCCCGUCCUGUCCUGUGGUGUCCUGACACCUAUCAGGCGGUUGAGGUUGCCCACCUGGGUCUCUUCUUCAAUUCGGUACGCGUGAACGUGUACCCCGUGCUAUCCCUCCACUGAUCCGCGUGAAUGACAUCUCAAUAAAGGGUCAAGUUUGCAUUGCGUCGAGCCGCAUUUUCGUGGAGGAGUGCAUCUACGACGAGUUUGUCGAGAGGGUCAGAAGAUCACACACACACACACACACACAUCAUGGUGAACAUCAGAUCACCUGUGUGUGUGCAUGUGUGUGUUAGGCGUUGAAGCGUUCCAAGGAGGCCAAGCUGCUCGACCCCAAAGAUCCCGAGUGGUACGGCUGGAUGGAUGGACGGCUGAUGGACGGCAAAGCGGAUCGAUGGAGUCACGUCUGUGUGUGUGUGCUUCGUCAGCACGCAGGGCCCUCAGGUGGACGUCAAGCAGUUCGACCGCAUGUACGCUCCCAACCAGACAGACAGACAGACCGACACUCUGACAGAGACAGAAACACAUACAUGGAGGUGUCAAUCUGUCUGUGUCUCUGUUGUGCUGUUCAGCAUCAACUACAUCCACACCGGCAAAAAGGAGGGCGCCACGCUGCUCUGCGGUAUGACAGACAAGCAAAUGUGGGAGUCCCUGUGGCUCUUUCCCUGUCUCCCUGUGUGUGUGCAGGCGGCAAUCAGUACGGUUCAGAGGGCUACUGGGUCGAGCCGACCAUUUUCACAGUCCGUCAGCUGCCACCAACACACACACACACACACACACACAGAGAGAGAGAGAGAGAGGGAAGUCGUCCAAACUCCAUUGCAUGUCUCUCUCUCUCUCUCUCUCGCUGUCUGUGUGUGCAGGACGUCAAGGACGACAUGCGCAUCGCCAAAGAGGUCCGCGUGGCGUCCUGAGAACACACACGGGCACAGGAUUCCCUCUCGCUGUCUGUUCAGGAGAUUUUCGGCCCCGUCAUGUGCAUCCUCAAGUUCAAAGUGAGCGACGGAUGAACGACACAUCGACCCGACUAUGGUCUGUGUGCCUGUCCAUGUGUCUGUGUGUGUCUUUAGACGCUCGACGAGGCCAUCACGCGAGCCAACACCACCUCGUACGGACUCGGCGCCGGUACACACACACACACACACACACAUAAACGGGGAGCCAUGUGGAAGUGCAUCUCUCUCUGUCUCUCUCUGUGUCUGUUUGUGAAGGCAUCUGCACUCGCGACAUCGGCAAGGCCAUCACAUUGGCCCAUAAGAUUCGCGCUGGCACCAUCUACAGUAUUCACACCACACAAACAACUGGACAUACACACACGCAUCCUCUGCGUGUGUGCUCUGUGGCAACACAGUCAACUGCUACGACGUGUUCACGCCCGAGGCGCCGUUCGGCGGAUACAAACAGAGCGGCCAGGGACGGUAUCUGUGGCAGACACAAAUCCGCGCAUCCAUACCAACGUGAGCCGUUCUAUGUGUGUUGUGUGCAGUGAGGUGGGUGAGGAUGCUCUUGACUGCUACCUGGAGAAGAAGACCGUCAUUUGCGACCUCUCCUUCAAGGAAUAAGUAGAGCAUGCUACACGCCCAUCAUCACACACAUGACACGCCCCCCAUCCAGAUGGAGAGCGGCGCAUGCCUAAUGAGAGAGGCGUGUUUUUUCCAUCGUGGCCGUUUUGUGCUGAAGUGUGUGGGUGUGGUCGUUCCUUGUAAGUGAUUGUCCGUCAACGGACAUCGUGUGCACAUCACCUCUGUUGAUGCAGAGCACGUAGGCGGGCAGCUGCGCACAGGGGAGGGCCACAGACACACAGAGAAAAAAACAGUUACUGUGUUCUUCCUCCGAUCUCCAUGCAUGACGACUGACUGGUGAUGACUGGUGGGCGAUUUGCUCCGCAUAGUGUGUGUGGACGGGACGUGUGGCAGCUCUCUGUUGGACAGCUGAGCCAUCGUGUCACCGUCUUCACAGAUCAGAUGUGAGUGCGGUGAAGCGAUGAGGGCGCUGACCAACAGAGGAGUGUCACACAGCACACGCACCCACACAGAGGGAGGUGGGAAGGCUUAUGUUACCAUGAGUGAGUGAGUGAAUAAGUGAAUAAGUGCAUUGGCCUACCGUUUUGUGUAUCUGUCCGGCCGGUUGGUUGGUUGUGAUGUGCGUUGUGGGGCGGGGUGGCAUGCAGCACAGAGGGCAACACACACUCUCUGCUGCGCAUUUGUCCUCGUCCUCCAUGGUGCGUUCAAUCAGCCGUGAGUGACCACAGGGAGGGAGGCCGUCACACGGACCUGACAGACAGGAAGUCCUGACGGCGAUUUGCUGUGCGUAUUUAUCCAUCCACUUAUGCGUCAGUGGCACGUGUGUGUGUCUGAGGGUUGGCGCGAGCCACCAAAGAGAGAGAGACAGAGAGCGGGGGAGAGAGAAGGACUGCAUGUCUCUGCCUCUCUCUCCGCUGCUUCUUUAUGAAUGUUUGCCAAGGUGCUGUGUUUUUUCCCAUGCUGUCUUCCCAUGUGUGUGUGCAAGACAAGAAGAGCACGAGAUGGCCCAUCCAUCCGACCAACGCCAUCUUUUUCAGUGGUUUUUUGGAGGUGUUGGUGAUGUCCGUCUGUCUGUCCAUCUGUCUGUGUCGGACUCCUCGAUCCCUUUGUGCAGUCAUUGUGUGUGGUGUUGUGUGCCCCGCCAGUGUUCGCUUCUUUGCACACCUUGUCAGUAAGCUGGCCCUCGCCGUCUCCUGCCGGUGUCUUAUACGGAGAGAAUGGGAUCGACACCCAUUCGACGCGUGUAAGACACCGUCAUCGGACGGCAAGGGUCAGGUGACUGAGGUGCUGGUGUGGUGGUUUGUGACGUCGGACUGCCUGGUUGGCUGGCGUGUGUGUCCGAUCGAGGCGAACAGACAGGAUGCGUCGUGAGUGGGGGGGCAGCCGAGAGAGAGCCGCCUUUUUUGUAGUCGGUGUGGUCGGAGGUGUUAGUCAUGCCUUUCUGUCUGUCUGGCUGUCUGUCUGUCUGUCUGUCUGUUUUUUGUCGACGACCUGCGUGUCUUGCGUGAGGAGAGGCGAGCUGCGGACGAUGCCUGCCUAUGCGUUCCCCAGCUUUUUUCUCACUUGCCGUGCCUCCCUCCCUCCCUACUCAAUGAAUGACAUUGAGGUGGAGUUUUUUGGGGUUUUCUGUCCUUGUCGGGCGUGAUAAUGUGGUGCGGGCAGGCGCGAUCAUGUGUGCGGGAGACUGACGGAUGAGCGGG